CUCUAGCGCAGUGUUCACGCAUGCUAUAGUGAGAGUGCACGUGUUUUAAACUCGUGAUAACUGAAUUUCGAACCAUUUUAAAUAAGUGAUAGUGACAAUUAUGGAACCAGUGAAUUUAUUGAAACUAAAUGAGACUGAAUUGAAGGAAUUUUUGAGUUCCUUCGACCACGUGUUCUCUGAUUGUGACGGUGUUGUGUGGGAAACAAAGAACCCUAUGCCAGGCGCGGGGAAGUUCUUCGAGCUGAUGAAGCGUCUUGGGAAGACGGUGCAUUUCGUCUCCAAUAAUAGCUUAAGGACGCGGGAAGAUUAUGAGGCGAAGUUCAAUUCAGCCGGUAUUGAAGGAGGUUACGAGUUCCUAACAGUGCCAUCAACAGCAAUAGCUGAAUACCUAAAGUCAGUGAAAUUUGAGAAAACUGUAUAUUGCGUUGCUUGUCCUGAAACCAUUGCAGUGUUGACGUCAAACGGAUUCAAAUGCAAAGAAGGGCCCGAAGUUGGCACGUAUUACUAUAGCGACUACAUCGAGUAUCUAACCGACGACGAAGAAAUAGGCGCUGUAGUUUUCGACAGUGACUUCAAAGUCAACCUGCCCAAGCUCUACAAAGCACUCACUUACUUAAGAAGGCCUGAAGUACUCUUUAUCAACGGCGCCACUGACAGAUACGUGCCUUUGAAGGCGGGAGUCUUGACUUUAGGAACGGGAGUUUUCAGUGAUAUAGCCAGCGUGGAGUCGAACCGCCAACCAAUAUUGCUCGGUAAACCGGGAAAGACGUUCGGUGAAUUUGCCAUGAAACGAGCUGGAGUAUCGGACCCUAGUCGAGUCCUAUUUAUUGGAGAUAUGAUAGAACAAGAUGUGGGAUUAGGAAGAGCUACCGGCUUCAAAACACUACUAGUCUUAACCAACAAAACAAAAGAGGAUAUGAUGUCUCACGAAACGUUAAAGCCUGAUUUCUACGCUGAUUCUCUUGGCAGUAUAGUUCCUGUUUUAGAACCUAUAACUAAAUAAUAGAAUUAGAAGCUUUUAGUAUUUUUUUUGCGUUUGUGCGUCUGCGGUAAGCGAUGAUAACCGCGCGGCUGGGAUGUCUGAAGACGCUGCGUUCGCCGCAGUUACUAAUACGAAGUAGAGACGGUUUACUUUGAAACGCGUGAAUAAACAAAAAUACAAUAUAUUGUAGUAUACAUGGUGACUUUUUUUUAAUCGUAUGACAAUACCCAGUUAAUCUGACCAAUGCUUACUAUUCACUAAGAAGAUGAAAGUUAUUAAAAAUCAUAUUAAGAAAAUUUAAUUCAUAGUUUGGUGUAUUAGAGGCAUCCUUUAAGUAAUAGCGGCGCAGUGAAACGGCGUGGCAGUGGCUUUAUCAAGCAGAAAAAAAUAUUCGAAUAAGUAAAACACGGUCUACUUAACUUGAUCAGCUGCUUCCAAAUUUUAAAAUAUAGAAAUUAAUGUUCCCCUUUUUUAUGACUGUUGUAGUAAACUUAUUUAUUUACGUAGAUUUUAUUUUUAUACAAUAUCGCGAACCUGUCUAGAAGUUGUCGGGUUUAAAGGCUACGAACUAA